UCUGGUCCGUACAAUUUUUCUGAUUCGAAAUUUGAAAUUUCUUGCUCUUCAUCUAUUUAUCCUCGCGCGAUUUUGCUGCCGAACUCGAUCCGGCUAUUAAGGAGGCUGCGAACGAUCUGCUGUAUCAAGUCGAGCUCGAGCUUCUCCAAUGUCGAGGUCGAGAGCGUUCGAAUUACCGAAGCGGGCGCCGCUCCGCCCUCAGACCGGUUCCGAGGCCAACGUCCUCCACCGCCCAGUAGUUGCGCCGGCCGGCGGCGCCCCUAAGUCCGGUGACCGUUUGUCCCCUCGCGGCCGCUUGCAAGAGAUCCAGAAGAAGCGCAGUACCAGAGCUGUGGAAGUACUGGAACAGAAGGUUGGCGAAGCAGAGGAGGAGCUUAAGAAACUGAAAGCUCAAUUGGAUUCCGCAGUAGCCGCGAAGCUCGAUGCCGAACGAGCUCUUGCCAUGAAAUUGGUGGAAAAAGAUGAACUCGUGGUUGCUUCCCAUGGCUCAAAGGAGGUGACGGCUGCAGAAGACAAAGUUCAACCGGUGGCCGCAGCAGAACUCAUGGAAGAAGAGAAAGAUGAUGAGGCGAACUCUGAACACGCAGUGGCAGAACAGAAAGAAGAGGAAGAAGCGAUGGUGGCACUCAACGCUUUGCUGCUCGAGAAGGAGAAAGAGGUCGGAAUUCUUCGACAAGAAACUGCGUUUUUCCGAGCGAGAGCAGCGGCAGAGAUGGCCGUUACCCUCGCCGCAGCGCUUGCGACGGAGGGGGCGCUGAUGGCGAAGCUCAAAUCGGCGGAAGAGGAGCUGAAACAGAGAACGGUGAAGGCGGAGCUGCUAACUGAGCAGCUGAGCUCGGCAGAACGGGAGAAAACGGCGGCGGAAGCCGAGAUGAAGCGGCUGAGGGCUCAGAAUGAGCAGUGGAGGAAGGCCGCCGAGGCGGCCGCAGAGGCACUGGCGGAGCCCGGCGAAUGGGGCCCGGUGUCGAUGGCUGGGGAGGAGGAGGAGGGGAGGCGGAAUUCGGUGGGAGCCUGGGUGUUCGGUGACCUCUGGAAGAAAAAACCCCACCAAAAAUAACUUUUAUAUUAAUUAUUAUAUUUAUUUUA